AUGGCUAUAGCAUACUGCCCUAAAGAGAAAAAUCGUGAAAAUGACCAGACGUUGAACUUCAUAAAGUCCCACCCACUUAUGGAUCAUGCGGUGCCAGCAUAUGGAGGUCGUCCCAUUUUUAUUCACACCGGAUUCGAAUUGACGCUAACAUGCAUCGCUGUGGACUGGCAGACUCAAGCCGCUAAUCACCGUUUCUACGAUAUUUUAUACAUCGGCACUGAAGAUCACUAUACUUCAAAAUUUUGCUUCAUUACAAAAACUGCUUGGCGAUGGAAAGUUGAUGCUUCCAGGCUCGCUUGGCAGGCCAAGUCACUCGAUUUAAUGAGGAAGGUAAGCAUUCGGGAUAGAAAGUGGUUUGGUGGCUAUCUUGUGGUUGUCAGUGGCCAUCUUUUGGUUGUCAGUGGUCAUCCUGUGGUUGUCAGUGGUCAUCAUGUGGUUUUCAGUAUUUGUUUUGCAGUUGGAAAUGAUUUUCCAGUCUCCGUCUUAUCUUAUGGUUUUCAUUGUCUGUUCUACCUAUGUUAUGGCAAAUUUUAA